AUGAACAUGGAUUUUUUAAGUGGCUUCUUUGGACGAGCCGAGAAUAAGCCGCAUACUUCUUCGACACCAAUUUCUGUCGAUUCCUAUUCCUCUCUUGACGAUGAUGAAGCAGUACAUGAAGCCUUGAUGUCUCCCGUCUUGAAUCUUUCAAAUUCCAAUAAUGGAGCUUUUGAACACAGUGAUGAUCAAGUAUUUCUUCAUGGCAACAUCAACAACCCUACCAAAGUACCACCCUCUUCCAAUCCUGUCCAAGUUUCUGUGGCUGCUAAUCCCAUUUCUGAUUCCACUCUUUCAAAGUCUAAAAACAAUCAUCACACGAUUCUUGGUUCUCUCAAUCUCACUCAUCCUUCCGAUAUGGACAUGUCCAUGAUUUCUUCAUUGAAAGCAGAUAUUGGAUUCAUUUCAAAAGCAUCACAGAAAUCUCAUCCAGCGUGUGCUGUAGGUGUUUUUGAGCUUUCAAAUCUUUCCUCAUUCCAUCCUCAACAUCCUCAUCAUCAUGAUGAAGAAGAGCAACAAAUUUCCACUCCUAUCAAACAACCAAGUACAUCCCUCUCUCAGCACAACAGUGAUUUUGAAAGUGAAGAUGGAUUCAGUUCCUACAGUUUACCAAGUAGUUGUAAAAGUGAUCGAAUGAUUUCCAAAUUAAGUGCAAGUGCUAUGAACAGUAAUAAUCGGAUCCGAAUGAAAAGUCAUAACCAUACACAUGGUUCCUUUCGAAAGGAAUAUCUCGCUUUAACAAAUUCUCUCAAUUUGUUUUUAAAGGAAUUUUCUGAACAAGUACUCUCUUAUCAUGCUCUUCAUGAAAAGACUCUGACACGAUGGAAAGAGGAGCAACAACAACAACGACAACAAGAACAUGAUCAAGUCAUGAAUGAAUGGAGUGAACAUGUCGAGAAAUGUGUCAAGCAACAAUUCAACGAAUGGAAAACAUGGAUCCAAUCGGAAAAUGAAAAUACUCGAAUCAAUUUACAACAAGCUUCUCUUUCAAAACAUGAUGAAAAGCAAUACGAGCUCAUACGAGAAUUACAUUCCAUGAUUGAAGAAAAUCAUCGAGAAAUCAAAACGUUAAAAGUAUGGAUGGCAGGAGCGAUUGGAAUCUCUUUAUUAUGUGUGAUGGGUCAAAUUUAUAGUUUCCUUUCUUUGAAUCGUUAA